GAGGGAAAGAAAAGGGUUUGGAGCAUACAUGCAGGGCUCAGACCAUGUAGGUGAUAGAAGCUAUAAGGGAAUUUCACUUUUCAGAUAAUUCACAUGAAUUCUUCUCUUCCCACACACCUACUACUGUACUCAAGGUUUUCCUCUCAGUGGUGUUUCAAGAACAAGUUGAAUUUAAACACGGGACUAGGAAAUCUUGGGAGUCUUUUAUACUCCCAAAAUGAAGCACUUUCCAGUCCUAUUGGAAACAGGUGAAUUUGCCAUAAAAAAUCAGUUCAUCUAGUCUCAAGCUCCACCCCCUCCCAUCAAAAUGCUAAUUUAAUCUGUACAACACACUGCUGGAGGUGGCACUUUGCCUCUCCCUGGAUCCACCAAUAUUAACAAGAGGAGGCAAGUCCAGGCUUGCCCAGAUGACAUUUAAGUCUGGCUGAAACAAGCCAAUGGCAGUCGGGACCCUCUUUUCUUCUCCAUGUUGACAAGAACUUCCCAGAAGACUCGGAGAAGAGCUUGGAGAGAGCAGUCAGCAGCCCCUGCCAGUACCAUGUCGGCAGCUCAGCCUGUGGGAUCAGCCACAUAUCCCCAGAAGCUGUUAGAAGCAGUUGGAGGUCUGUGGCAGCUGGGGCUCUUAUGUGAUGUGACCCUUGAAGCUGGUGGCGUCCAUUUCCCUGCCCAUCGAGUAGUCCUGGCCUCAGCCAGCUGCUACUGCCGGGCCCUUUUCCUGGGCCACGCAGGCCUGGAGACCACUGUCCAGCUGCAGGGCAUUGAGCCUGCAGGGCUGGGGAACAUGCUCAACUUUAUCUACUCCGGGAAGCUGCAUCUUUCAGCAGACAACCUCAAGGAGACAAUGCAGGCAGCUGAGGUCCUGCUGGUUCGUGAUGCCAUUCGCCUCUGCUGUGCUUUCCAGGGCACCACCACAGCCCUACCUGGGAAGGUCACAGAAGAACCUCGAAAUGAGCAACAUGAUGCACUGAAGCCACCUGUCCUGGCCACAGCCACUAUGGAGACUGAUCUCACCUGUCCCGAGACCCUGAGCUACCACAUGCAUGUCGGCGCCCAGUCAGCCCUGCAGACUGAACAUGGUUGCCCCCAAGUUACUGUCCCUACCCUGCUCGUCCUGGGAGGGCGUGGACCCAACAACCAGCUCAGUGGGGAUGUGUGGGCCAUGAUGCUGGCUGAUGGGACUUGGAGGCGAAUGGGAAAGUUGGCCACACCACUGUACAAUCACGCGGUGGCUGUGCUUAGUGGCUUCCUCUAUGUCCUGGGAGGCCAGUCCAAGUUUGACCCAGCUGGCCAGCAUCCAUCCAGCGAGGUAUUUCGAUUUGAUCCCCAGCAUGGUACCUGGCUGCAGGUGGCCAGCAUGCUCCAGAGGAGAAGCCGAUUCCAUGCAGCCGUGCUGGGCGAGGCGAUUGUGGCUGUAGGCGGCGGGACACUUCUGGGGAAGCUCACUAGCACUGUGGAGGCUUACAAGCCCGUUCAAGACACCUGGACGUGGCUGGUGCCUUUCCCUCUGCCUGUGGCUGACCAUGCUGGAACCACACAUGAGGGCCUUCUCUAUAUAGCAGGUGGCUUCUCUUCGGGUAAGACCUUAAACCUAGUGAGCAGUUACCUUCCACGUCUGCAUCGCUGGAUUCCCAACCACCCACUGACUUUCUCCCGCUGUGAACACAGCCUUGCAGCUUCCAGGAACACCCUUUUCUGUGUUGGAGGCCGGACCCUUAGCCCAGCAGGGGCAUGGAUCCAUGUUGCUGAGACAGAGUGCUACAGCCCAAGCACAGACCAGUGGACAGUUCUGCGUCUUAUCUCCCUGGGCCGGUGCCAGCUGAGCAUGGUUGGGCAUGAGGACCAGCUCUAUGUCACAGGUGGGGGCUUUCUGGGCACCAGGACCAAGGAGGCUACAGUCCUGGUGUCCAAGCCAGCGGGCUGGGCCUGGCAGGAGGUGGGCUUCCUGCCACAGCCACUGCUAGAUCAUGCUUCUUGCAUCUUUGCUCUACCUCCUGUGGAGUUCCAGCUCCACGGGAGAGAAACCUCCCUAAAUCGAAUUACCAAUGAAGAGCAGACAAGGCUUGCAGCAAAGUUACAACCAGUGAGGGAGAAAGGCUGCCCACCUUAAUCUAGCCUCCCUCCUCUGAGCAUCAGUGUGCCCACAUGGGUACCAGUGAACUACAAAAUAAAGAUGAACACAACUCAA